UGCCCCCUGUGGACAUAGCUGUAUUUCAUAACUGGGUAACACACAUCAUUUGGAUGCCGGAGGACAGUCAUUGGUGAGUCAAACUGUCUGCAAAAACGUCAGGAGAUUAUCGGCGCGCAGCUGGAAUGCAAGGUUGAUUCACAAAGAAGAGUGAGGAGGUAGAGAGACAACGCCGAAGACACCACAGUCGGACCGAAUCACACCGCACAGCCAUGAAGGGGGAGCAUUUAUUUUCCAUCCUGAAAAACGCCACAUUCUACCAGCGGGUCUACCUACUGGGGGGCGAGGAGCUGCUGGUACUGCAAAGCACUGUGGGACAUCCCGCGCUGGGCGACAGCUUCCACCAGAUCACCGACUUUAACGACCUGCCCACCUCCCUUUUCGCCUGCAACGUGGACCAGUCUGUGUUUGAGGAUCAGGAGGGCAAGGAGAUGUUCGAGGCCCUGUUCCUGGCCUACGAUGAGCGGGUGACGUUUCAGCUGUUCAAGAGCUUCCGGCGUGUCCGCAUCAACUUCAGCAACCCCAAAGCAGCCGCCAGCGCCAGGAUAGAGCUGCACGAAACGCCCUUCAGAGGCAAGAAGCUCAAACUCUACUUUGCCCAGGUCCAGAACCCAGUAUCAGAUGGUGAUAACCUGCACCUGGCUCCUCCCCAGCCCUCUAAACAGUUCCUCAUCUCCCCUCCCGGCUCGCCGCCCAUUGGCUGGCAGCAGAUAGACGAGACCACGCCCGUCAUCAACUACGACCUGCUCUAUGCUGUGGCCAAGCUGGGCCCCGGAGAGAAGUUUGAGCUGCAUGCUGGAACAGAGUCCACCCCCAGUGUUGUUGUCCACGUCUGCGACAGCGACACCGAGGAAGUGGAGGAACCAAAGAAUUGCCCCAAACCAAAAAUCAUCCAGACCCGGCGCCCUGACCUUCCUACUUCUCACUGAACUCUGUGCCCCUGCCACUUCCUGCCGUAACAUCGUCAUCUGGAGGAAGGAGAAUCGAUCCCCUGUCUCUCUCUCACAGGAACAAUCCCCGUGUUCAGCACUCCCCACCCUACGGCCGCCUCGCCCGGGCCAGAAGGGGAGAGCUCUCUGUUACUCAUCCUCGUCGACAUACAGCCGUUGAUGUGCUACAUGUAUGAUUGUGUUGGCAAUACUCCAUACUUACAUCAAGAUUCAGCCACCAUACCCUCAGUGAUUGGUUCCUGUCUGUAUGAUUCUGUUGUUGUAAUGUCACACAGUUUGCAGGGAUGGGGCAGCACCUUGCUUUGAGCUCGGCCUCUGAUUGGCUUAGGGGUUGUGGCGAAUGCCAGUGUAAAGAAGCCCAUUGGUCGCCUUUAUAGACGUGUGUUAGCAUUGCUCUCGCUCCACUGCAUAUGUACCACAAGCACUGACGAUGAAUAGCGCUUCUCUCAUUAGGGCAUGCUAGCUACUGAGGUGGUGGGAUGACUCUGGCGCUGAACGAGUUGAAGUAACCUGAAGGAGCAUUAUGGUAAAUGGUCAAUACUUUGUCUUAUAGUCCCCUUAAAGUUGGGUUAUUCAUCGUGUUAUCAGUGCUGUCUGUCGACCUUGGGAAUUCUUUCAAUCUCGCCAAUGCAUGCACUGGUCUGAUCUAGUUUGUGUGUUUACUUUGUUCCGUUUCCUGUAUGUAGCUGUCAAUUUGACCUCUCUUCUCUCUUCGCUAACUUCUCUCUUUUAUCUCCCUGUGUUUCCUGGCUACCGGUGUCCUUCACAGAAAACAAGGCUAAUAACAGUUACAAUCCAUGCACCUUAACAGGGAAAGCAUAAUGUACAAUGACAUUUCUGUGAUUGUUGCUCAGUGUGAAUUGUUCUGUGUCCAUGUCUUGUCCCUGAAAGUCUGUUUAAAGAAAAAGGAGUAUAAGAAAACAUAAGAAAAAACAGAAUGCCUGGUGGCCACCUUUUCCUGAUUGGCUGAAAUGGAGAGCCAAUCAUAUAUCAUCACGUGAAGACAGUCUAUAAAGUGCAUGGUUACAUUUUUAUAGAGAUAUUGUGUUGUCUGAGAACCGUGGCUCAGUCAUGGGAUUUCCUCGUGUUUCCUUUAUGUGCCUCUGUAGGGAGCGAGAAAGAAACAUUUAUUCAAACUCACCACGAAGAAAAUAAAUGCAUGAUGACGAUCCUGAGAGGAAAAAAAUAAUGUUAUUAUAGAGUUAUGUUACACAAAUCUUCCAAGUGCUAUUACACAGUUUCUGUUGAGAUGGUCAAGGGGAAUUACAUACUGUACUCACACACACAACCAUGUUUGUUUUCCUUUAUUGUGUGUUUUGUUUUUCCUGUGUUGGUUCAAUGAGUGUCUUCUUGAUGUGCCUGAUUUAACUCAUAGGCAGUAGAACAAGCCCUGUACAAAUUGGACCUCCCUGUCUAUUUGUGGAGAACUGGCGUUGUGAUCAAUUUUCUAUUGUCCAAACUAUUGACCCUUCCUGUUUCAGACAUUGCACCUACACUCUGAUUCUACAUUACUGUGGGCCACUGAUUCAACCCUGGGUGCUUUUAUACACUAACGCCUCACUCUAAACCCUCACUGUAACCCCUCACUGUAACCCCUCACUCUAAACCCUCACUCUAAACCCUCACUGUAACCCCUCACUGUAACCCCUCACUGUAACCCCUCACUCUAAACCCGCACUGUAACCCCUCACUCUAACCCCUCACUCUAAACCCUCACUGUAACCCCUCACUGUAACCCCUCACUCUAAACCCUCACUGUAACCCCUCACUGUAACCCUCACUGUAACCCUCACUGUAACCCCUCACUGUAACCCCUCACUCUAAACCCUCACUCUAAACCCUCACUGUAACCCCCACUGUAACCCCUCACUCUAAACCCUCACUGUAACCCCUCACUGUAACCCCUCACUCUAAACCCUCACUGUAACCCCUCACUGUAACCCCUCACUCUAACCCUCACUGUAACCCCUCACUCUAAACCCCUCACUCUAAACCCUCACUGUAACCCCUCACUGUAACCCCUCACUGUAACCCUCACUGUAACCCCUCACUGUAACCCCUCACUGUACAUCAUUCCAAUCCCCAUCUCUGAUAACGAUGGCUCAAAUGAUCAGAUUUGAUAACCCAGUUCAAAGUGCACUGAAAUUAUUUUUUUAUUCCAACCAGCUCCAGUAGGUUGUAGUUUAAUUCCAACCAGUUCCAGUAGGAUUUAGUUUUAUUCCAACCAGCUCCAGUAGGAUGUAGUUUAAUUCCAACCAGCUCCAGUAGGAUGUAGUUUUAUUCCAACCAGCUCCAGUAGGUUGUAGUUUUAUUCCAACCAGCUCCAGUAGGUUGUAGUUUUAUUCCAACCAGCUCCAGUAGGUUGUAGUUUUAUUCCAACCAGCUCCUGUAGGUUGUAGUUUUAUUCCAACCAGUUCCAGUAGGUUGUAGUUUAAUUCCAACCAGCUCCAGUAGGUUGUAGUUUUAUUCCAACCAGCUCCAGUAGGAUGUAGUUUAAUUCCAACCAGUUCCAGUAGGUUGUAGUUUAAUUCCAACCAACUCCAGUAGGUUGUAGUUUAAUUCCAACCAGUUCCAGUAGGUUGUAGUUUAAUUCCAACCAUCUCCAGUAGGUUGUAGUUUUAUUUUACCUGCAAUAUUUUCCUAUCUGUUAUUGUAUAACAUUUACAGUCAUUCUAAUUGAUAUUUUAAGCAGAUCAAAUGAUGUUGGUAAUAAUGAGCCACUAUCCUUGUGGAAGUCAUAGACUUCAAAUGAAAUUGAAUACAGGCCCGCUCCUAAAAACACCAGGUUUGAAUCAUGUAUUGUAAAUGGUGCAUAUCAAAUGUUUACAAUAGUGUAUUCCUCUUCAUUGUUUUAUUUCAUACAUGCUGGCUUUAAGACACUGUUCCCUCACUAUAUGGUCAGAUGAACCAGACACAACACAUGCCACUGUCCCAAGUAUGUACUACAGCCACCAUUACUACCCUCAAUGAGGUGACUUGUAUACAUGCAAUGGUUUUUGUUCUGGACUUUGGUGUCUUUCGCCUAGACCGCGGAUCUGUUGAAUCUGCGCUACAAUCUUGUCCUGCGGUCAUAUUCCUCCAAACGUAAACACAAUAGACACUAUGUACCUGUGUAUGAUUCAACAUGUCCCGAUAUUUGUAUUUUAUUUUCAAAUUAAAAUCAUUAUAUUAUUAUCUGUUUCUUCUAAGAGUCAGUUGGAUUGGAAGGGAAUAUCAGUGAUGGAGGUAACCAAUAUGUGUAUUGUGUAAAAAUAGUGUAUGACCAUCAAUGUACUUGUCAUUCUACAUGUAACGUUACAACAACCUGCCUGCAUACACUAAGGAGACAUAUCUGUAUAUAUUAAUCAAUACUAUUUUUACUGCAUUUUUGUACAAAUAUUCAUGGUAGCCAUGUACAAGUAGUUCAAAUGAUUCUAUGGUAGUAUUAAAAUAGUUUGGUUUUAAUGAA